UCCUUUAAAUUUUAUUUCAAAUUUUCAUGCCUUUUCUUAUAGUAUUUUCAAUAAAAUGCUUAAAUAAUGAAGAGAGAAAAUCUAACAAAUUCACUUUCAUGACAUUAAAAAAUGCAUGAUGUAGGAAAGGGUUAUAGCAGUUAAAGCAACUAGCUAGCAACAGGACAACUGCAGCUGCAGCCGCAACAACGCUCGGUUUCAUCCGCAACCAUCCGAUCCGACCGGACCCAGUUACCUACGCCAACGUCCGUCGUAGCCAUGUCGAACAACAAUCGAGAACACGAGAAUCUUGAAUUCAUUUUCAAGCAAAAACGGAUCCUCCGAUCCAAAGUCCGCCAAGUCCUCAAGUCCAUGGACCCCACCCUCCGAUCCCAAGAAGAUGAUAUAAUUCAGAGUAUAGUAUUGGACGCUCCAUGGUUCAAAUCAAGUAAGCGAUUAUGUGCCUAUAUAAGCUGCAGUGCUUUACGGGAAGUUGAUACCUCAAAAUUGUUAUCUCAAAUUCUGCGCAAUCCAUCCACAGAUGGUAGCAUGCUCCAGACUGCAAAAAAACUUUAUGUUCCGCGUGUAGAGGACAAGAAUAGUAACAUGAGGAUGUUCAAUAUCUCACGCAUGGAUGAUUUAGUUGCAAAUUCAAUGAACAUUUUGGAACCUGCUUCGGUUGAUGCUGAUGGAAAUGAUCGUGAAGAUGUGAUGCAUGCAAAUGAUGCGGUUGACUUGUUCAUUUUGCCUGGACUUGCAUUUGACAGAUCUGGAAGACGGUUGGGCCGUGGUGGAGGAUAUUAUGAUACUUUCUUGAAGAACUACAAAGAGCUUGCCAAGGAAAGGAAUUGGAGGCAGCCACUCUUUGUUGCACUGUCUUAUUCUGUGCAGAUGGUCGAUGAAGAAAUUAUACCACUCACUCCAAAUGAUGUACUCGUGGAUGCUCUAGUUUCACCAUCUGGUGUGAUUCCCAUUAGCCCGGCUGCCUUAGAGAGAAUGAAGCCUUAAUGUUGCACCUCAGAGCCAAAUAUGAGUGCUUUCUUCAAUAGGCUUCUCCUGAAAUUGCAGUUAGGAUGGCUUGCAAAUCUUGAGAGGAUAAUAUUUCUACAAUGUAUGAAAUGCAGGGGGCUUCUGUUAUUGAAGAAUGGGAUACAUUUCUGCUGUGCCAUUUUUCAGAGGCUAUGACUGCUUGUCUACCGGUCAAUGUUCAUGACUUUUGCCUGCUAGAAGCAGAGCUAUAGUUGGACUUCUGUGUAGCAGAUCUGAGUACCUCUAUAUCUGUUAAUGGUUUUCCUUGCAAACCAGCAUCUGAAGUAACUUCAGAUGAUUUUUUCUUUGAUGGUUUCACCAAAGAAGGU